AAAUUUGCGUCAUCUUAGUGUUUGCGUGGUGGUUUAAAGCAGAUCUUUAGUCUUUCAGUCCAUUCGGUCAACAUGUUCGUCAACCUGCUCCUCCUCACAGUCAUCGCGACUGUUGAAGCUCAGAGAAUUCCAGGUCUACAGAAGACAGAUUCAUGUUUGUGCAAAAUAAACAGCUCUAUCUGGACCUUCCCUGCUGUACAGUUUGUGGAAGUCACAAAACAGGUCCAGACCUGUGAGAAGAAUCUGAAUGAAUUUGAGGAAAAGUUGAGGAACACAGAUGCAGAACUGCCGUUGAUGGGAGCCAAUCUUCAGAACAUCACAGCCCGUCUGAAAGCAUUUAAUUACCUUCACACAAGUGGACUGUACAACGCCCUUCACCUGCGACAGCUGAACCAGGAACUCGAGGAAAUCCAUCAAAUUGUCAAUGAAGCACACAUGGAGAACCCCAACAACGAGACACAUAACCUGCUAAGUGAGUUAAAUAAGGCAAAACAUGAUGUCCAGAGGAUGUACAAAGAUGAUUUCUUCAACCUGGAGACCAUGAAGAAGAGGUUACGUAACCUCAACAACCGAGCACAGGCUUGCAAGACCAUACCAAACAAUUUCAGAAGCACUUGUCAUCAGCGCAUCAUGACCAGAAUAAGUUCUCCAAGUGUCACCAAGCUCAAUUCCUUUAGCAAGUCCUAUAUUUCUGGUGCCUGGGGUCGUGAUGCCCUACUAACCAAUAAGGAACGUUAUUGGGAACACUGUUUGGUGAGUGGACACAAGCAUGGGAACACAAUCAGGAUUUACAACUCACAUGAAGACUUCAUGUCUAACAAGAACUACAAAGAUGAACCGAUAGCACCAUCCUACAGUGACAAAAAUGCCGUUCAGGGCUCUGGCACUAUACUGUAUGACAAUACCGUAUUUUACCAAUGCUACAGCACUGCUGAAAUCUGCAGCUUCAACAUUACAACAAAAGCAACCAAACGUAUGAAACUGGAUGGUGCCGGAAUCGACAACAAGUUCCCUUUCUGCUACUACAGCUGCCGUGACUGGACAGACAUCGACCUGGAGGCUGAUCAAGACGCCGUGUGGGUGAUAUAUGCCACUGAAGAGAACCACGGCAACAUUGUUGUGAGUCGCUUAGAUCCGCUGGAGCUCAAUAUCACACAUACCUGGAAGACACAUCUCUUUAAGAGGUCCGUCACCAGCACUUUUAUGGUGUGCGGGGUCCUGUACGCUACACGCUAUGUUAGUACUUACCAAGAAGAGGUGUUUUAUGCCUUUGAUACAACCACUGGCCAAGAGAUAAACACUCUUUCUUUGCCUUUUGAGAAGGUUUCUGCUGGAAUAGCCAAUCUCAACUACAAUCCUGUUGAUGGCAAACUCUACUUGUAUAAUGAUGCAUAUCUUUUAGCAUAUGAUACUUUCUUCUGAGGGCGUUUCAAAUGCAAUUACCCAAUAAAAAGUGUCUUGUGUUUCAAAUUCAAAA